AAUUCACAGAAGCAUUAAAUGAUGCAACAAAUAAAUUAACUACAUACUUUUGGGAGUGUCCUUAUAUAACCAAAGAAACAAAAAAUAAACAAUUUGAAUUUGUGGUAACUAAAUGUCCGGAAUUAAAAUUUAUUAGUCAAGAUUAUUCAAGUUUUGAAGAAUAUAUCAAUAAGAAUGAUAAAAGCUAUGUUUGUAGUUUUUCUAGUUUAGGAAAAGAUGCUACAUUAAUCAUUCCUGUUCCUCAAGAAGGUCUUAAUUAUAAAAAUCUUAGCAAUAUUACAAAAAAUGCCUCAAAAGAACAACAAAUUAAAUUUUGGAAGGAAGUGGUUAAUAAACUAGCUGAAGGUUUAGAAAUUGACGCUCCUCAAUGGUUAUCCACCA